UUAGUUUGUUUUUUUUUUUCAGCUUUUUGAUCCACUUUGGUUUCUUUUCUCUUCGUCUUCUUCUUGUAAAAGCACACAAGCACGCAAAUGUCUGCUGAACGCGAUAAGGUGAUCAAGGAGAGCGAGGAGCACCUGACGAAGGCCUGCUCGCCCUCUGAAACUGCGCCCAAAGUCAAGCACAUUCGCACGGCCAUCAUCUCCACCUGGAACCAGAACGGCAGCGAUGUCUUCUGGGCUGCCCUCCGCAAGCUGCCCCUCGGCACCCAGCCCAUCAUGUGCUGGAAGGCCCUCAUCACACUCCACAAGAUCCUCCAGGACGGCCACCCCAACGUGCUGCGUGAACUCGUGCGCAACCAGGGCGUGCUCGCUUCCCUCGGCCAGAUGUGGGAGAGCAAAGGUCACAUCUUCUCGCCUCUGAUUGCGGGCUACCUUCGCUUCCUCAUCAGCAAGCUCGAUUUCCACGACCAACACACCGACAUUCCCGGCAACCUCGAUUUCGACGCUUUCAAAAAGUCGAGCGCCAUGAGCGAUCUCGGCUCGGCCACCCGCCUUGUGAUGGCUUGCUUCAUCCUGCAGGACAAGAUCCUCGCGACUGUUGGCCUCGUCCUCAACUCGCUCUCUGGCGACCGUGCGUCCGAGAAGAACGAGUGCCGCGAAGCUGCCUUCCUGCCGCUCAUCCCCGAGUCUGUUUCGCUGUACAACAUUGUCGUGGACAUUCUCACCACCCUCCAUCGCUCAACCCCCGAGGACGAGCUGAUUGCCCAUCGCGAGCGCUUCAUGGAGCAGUUCCCGCGCAUUAAAAAGUUCUACUUUGAGGCGCGCAACCUUCGCUUCCUGACCAACCUUGUCCAAAUCCCAUUGCUGGAUUCGCCCCCGGACUUUAUCACCAAGUACGCCAACGCGCCCACGCCCCCGCCGGCCAAGGUUGCCGCCCCAGCUCCAGUCAACAAAUUCGAGGACUUUGACGCCAUGCCCAACCAAUUCGAGUUUGUCGACGAGCGCGACAAGAUUAUCGAGGCACUGCGCGCUCGCAUUGCCGAGCUGGAGGCGCAGGUGCAGUCGCUGAUUGCCCGCUCGCAGCAAGACCAGAUGCUCAUCUCGUCGCUGCAGCAGCGUCUGAACGACCUGCAGGAGCUGCUGCAGACGGCCCAGACAUCCGGCGCCAACGAGCUCAAGGAGAAGGUCGAGGCUGCCGAGUCAAAGUACAACAAGGUCUUCCAGAUGUACAGCAAGCUGCGUCAGGAGCAUCUUGAGGCCCUCAAGAAGGUUGGCCAAGUCAGCGAGUUUGAGGCCUUUGCCAAUCGUGCCAAGGAGGAGAAGGAGAACGCCGACCGUGCUCACGCGCAAGAGCUCAGCAGCUUGCGCUCUGCCAAUGCGCGCCUCGAGUCCUUGAUGCACGAUCUGCAGACCAAGACGCAAGAGUCGGAAGCGGCUCAGCAGCGUGUCGCCCAGGAGCGUCGUCGCAUCCUCGCCCACGCCGUCGCCGACUCGAAGCGCAUCAUCCGCCAAGCGCUGGCAGAGCUGGAAAACCCGCAAAACCCCGGCAGCUCGUCGAGCACGGCGCAGUCGGUCGACGAGAACAUUCACAACACGCUGGGCGUCAACCAACGGCUCUCGGAGGCCCUCGCUGCGUUUGCGCCGGUGGCGUCAGCCGGGACCAACGAAGUGCCGUUCGACGUGCUUGGCAACGCGUCCGUCUUUGCCAACAUGCUUGCCGAGCUGCUGAACAACUCGAAGGGCACGACGCGUCUUGCUGCCGACCAGACGGUCGCCGAUGGCAUUAUCGCGCACUGCCGCUCGACCGGCCAGGCCGCGCUCGCCUACUUUGACACGCUGCACUGCAACAACGAGAAUGACUCGAUGAAGUUCACCGCCGAGCAGGUGGGUGCUGGCGCUGCCAAGUUCCGCGAGGCUGCCGACUCGCUCGCCAAGAUCACGGAAGGCCUCAUUCCCCGCGAGAUCAAGGACAGCGAUUCGCUUGGCGACGCCGUCGAGAAGCAAAUGUCGGAGGCCGCUAUGGCCAUCAACGAUGCUGCUCGUCGCAUCCAAGAGAUGCUCGAAAAGUCGAAAAAGACGCAGUCUGGCAUCCAGCUCGACGUGAACGAGAGCAUUCUUGCCUCGGCCCAGCAGCUCAUGGACUUGAUUCGCAUUCUCAUCCAAAAGUCCACCGUUGUGCAGCAGGAGGUUGUUGCUGCCAGCCGCGGCUCGGCCAGCGCCACCGAGUUUUACAAGAAAAACCACCGAUGGACCGAGGGUCUCAUCUCGGCCGCCAAAGCGGUCGGCUGGGGCGCCACGCUGCUCGUCGACAACGCCGACAAGGUUGUCAACAACAUGGGCAAGUUUGAGGAGCUCAUGGUUGCCGCCGGCGAGGUCGCUGCCUCCACUGCGCAGCUCGUCGCCUCGUCGCGCGUCAAGUCGGCCGCCAACAGCAAGUCCCAAGAGGAGCUCAUGGGUGCCUCGCGCGAUGUGACUGGCGCCACGCGCAACCUCGUCAGCGCUGCCAAGAACGCCUCGCAGCUCAUGGCCGAUCAGGCCAGCAACAAGCAGGUCCAGGACUUGUCCAAGCUCACGCUCACCCAGGCCAAGCGCCAGGAAAUGAACCAGCAAGUCAAGGUGCUCGAGCUCGAGCAGCAGCUUUCUCAAGAGCGCACCCGUCUGCUCGAGCUGCGCAAGGUUCACUACCAUCUUGCUGGCGAUGUUGGCAACGAGUAAAACAAGCAAACAAACAACAAACAACAAAAAACAAAAAUAUCAGCGUAUUUGUCCCCCCCCCCCGCCCGCGUUUUGUUAUCUUGCAUGCGUGAGUGUCUUGUGUUUCCGAAGGUGCUGGUUUUACAGUGUAUUCUGGUGCUGGUUUUAAAUCUUGUCGUUUCUCCUUUUUUCAGCUUUUUUUUCAGCUUUUUUUUGUUAUGUGUUCUUUGCCAUUUUGAUUUUUUUAACUUGUCUCGUUUUCGCGUCAAAUACAUCUGGU